GUCGCUGGAACUAGCUGGGCGCACCGAACAUCAAGCUAUUUACUCGCAACGGAGCUUGGGAAACCGAGCCAAUGACUAUAUAAAUGUGACACGAACACCAGCACCACGGACUUCUUGUGGGACAAGCGUACAGGGCUCGCUGCUAAAACGAUGCCUCACACCAGACGGUACACGUCCUCGGAGAGAGACAGUCGCAGCAGCUACAAUGGUCGUUACAGAGAGAAAGAAAAGGAGAGAUGGCGCAGGCACCGGCACAGAAGAUCACCCUCUUACUCUUCGAGCAGUGACAGAGAUAGAGAUCGGGACCGAAGGGGACGGGGACAGAGACACGAUGCGAGUUAUGUACGCCCAAGGAGUCGGAGCUACGACAAUCGCUCGGCCGAGCAGCACCGGCCAUUUGACAGAAGAUACUGCGAGGGAUACAGACGCUUGGAUCAGAGCCGAGAUGACGCUCGCGACCACGACAGAGAAAGGGAGCCGCACGGAGCGGCGGAAAGUUACUAUCCCCGCGAGUUCUCGCCGACCAUGUACGACUACCGACGGGGCCGAGAAAAGGAACGGCAGCGGGCUGAUUCGUACAGGCGAAAGGGCAGCAGGCGUAAGCACAAACGAAGGCGGCGUAGAACCAGGUCCUAUAGCCCAUCGUCCUCGCGGAGCAACAGCCGGACGCGGGCACUGAGUGUGAGGGACGACGAGGAAGGGCACCUGAUCUGUCGGAGUGGGGACGUCCUGCAAGAGAGAUAUGAGAUUGUCAGCACUUUGGGCGAAGGCACCUUUGGGCGGGUGAUGCGGUGCCUCGACCAUCGCAGAGGCGCAUCCAGCGUUGCUUUGAAAAUUAUCAAGAAUGUGGAAAAGUACAAGGAAGCGGCUCGCCUGGAGAUCAACGUGCUGGAGAAGAUCAACGAGAAGGACCCCGAAAAUAAAUACCUGUGCGUGCAGAUGUACGACUGGUUUGACUACCACGGUCACAUGUGCAUCUCCUUUGAGCUGCUUGCGCUCAGCACCUUCGAUUUCCUCAAAGAGAACAACUACCUGCCGUACUCCAUUGGCCAAGUCAGACACAUGGCCUACCAAGUCUGUCUGGCUGUCAAGUUUCUCCAUGACAAUAAGCUGACGCACACAGACCUCAAGCCAGAGAACAUCCUUUUUGUCAACUCGGAUUUUACCAUGUCCUACAAUGUGGAGAAGAAACGAGAAGAAAGGACGGUUAAGAGCACAGCUGUACGUGUGGUGGACUUUGGCAGCGCCACUUUUGACCACGAGCAUCACAGCACUAUCGUGUCCACCAGGCAUUACCGAGCCCCCGAGGUCAUUUUAGAAAUGGGCUGGAGCCAUCCUUGUGACGUUUGGAGUAUUGGUUGUAUCCUGUUUGAGUACUACCUGGGCUUCACCCUGUUUCAGACUCAUGACAACAGGGAACAUUUGGCCAUGAUGGAGAGGAUCCUUGGACCCGUGCCAUCCAGAAUGAUCCGCAAGACCAGAAAGCAGAAGUAUUUCUACCGAGGCCGUCUUGACUGGGACGAGAGCUCCUCAGCGGGGAAGUACGUCCGGGAAAACUGCAAACCUCUCCGGCGAUACUUGCUCUCGGAGGCCGAGGAGCACCACCAGUUGUUUGACCUCAUCGAAAGCAUGCUGGAGUAUGAGCCCUCCAAGAGGCUGCUUCUCGCCGACUCGCUCAAGCACCCGUUCUUUGACUUUGGGGGGAGCGGCGAGGCAACGGGCGGGAAGAGCUGGGAAGCCAACCGCGACAUCAGCCGGUGAUCCGCGGCCGUCUGGCACGGCGGAAUUUUUUUUCGACGCGGAGCAGGUGAAGUCGGACGCUUUCGCUCGGUCGCCGUUCAAGCG